AAGCAAUGGAAGUUGCGAUGCCCAGAUGCUGAAGUCAUGGCUUCCGAAGGUGCUUGGGCCUCUUUCUGGGGGGAUGCGCAGGUGCCAGCGCAAUCCUCGCAUGGCACGUGUCAGCAGGUGGUCCUGGCUAGGACGGAAGGGCAAGUCUUCCGAGAACGGGUGGGUUUUGUGGUACUAUGCAUCAUUGGAGCAUACUGUUCCAUGAGGAUCCUAGUGGAGCUCCGCUCCAUUUUGGAGCCCUUUCUGUGGGCGCUAUUCUUGGUCAUGGCUUGGAAGCCCGUGGUGGAUGGCAUCGAAAGUCGUUUGGAGCUCUUGCUGGCCUUUGUGUUUCCCAGCUUGCGUGUGGAUCCGCCCCUAAAGAAAGGGCUCAAGGGCCACGACUCGGACG